UUUUAAUCCUUGUAAACCUGCCGUUCUAACAGGGUUUUUCGCGUUUCGCUUCAGAACUGAAAAUUACCCACACAGUGAGUGAGAGAGAGAACGGCGCGAGAAAAAUGGGGUGGAUCGGAGAGCAGAUCGAUUCAAUCAAAUCUCUACAGUUCAGACAAGUCCUUACGCAAGCGAUUAGCCUCGGAAUGAUUGUAACAUCUGCACUUAUUAUAUGGAAAGGAUUAAUGUGCGUCACUGGUAGUGAAUCACCAGUUGUUGUUGUGCUCUCCGGAAGCAUGGAACCUGGCUUUAAAAGGGGUGACAUAUUGUUCUUACACAUGAGUAAGGAACCUAUUCGGGCAGGGGAGAUUGUGGUGUUUAAUGUUGAUGGGCGUGAAAUUCCUAUUGUCCACCGAGUCAUUAAGGUUCAUGAGCGCCAAGACACAGGAGAAGUUGAUAUCCUGACAAAAGGAGAUAAUAAUUUUGGGGAUGACAGGCUUCUGUAUGCUCAUGGUCAGCUCUGGCUGCAAAGGCAUCACAUCAUGGGAAGAGCUGUUGGAUUUCUGCCCUAUGUAGGGUGGGUGACAAUAAUAAUGACCGAAAAGCCAAUCAUCAAGUAUAUACUCAUAGGAGCUUUGGGAUUGCUAGUAAUUACUUCGAAAGAAUGAGGGUUGUGAACAUUGAACUUCGGAGAUUAACUAGUAUCGCCUCUCCGCCCAGCUCUAUCGCCAGGCCCUUUCUUUGCAAGACCUGAAAAAGUAGCACGCAGACAUUAAAAAUUGGGCAGAUCUGCAUCUCUCAUUUUGUAGACUGAAACGCAAAGGGGAAUAGAAAACAUUUUCUUGAAAUUGGAUUAUAUUAUUUCAUGAGCAGUGUGCUCUUCUUCUUCUUCUUCUGCUUUUUUAUCCUCGUCUUUGAUUUAUUUUCGAGUUGAACAUGUUAUCGUUGAUGCUGGAAAUUGCUCGGACCAAUUGAUGAAACACUCCUAAAUCAAACUUUGGAAUCGAAA